AUGACUUGUGUACUUAAAGAUUCAAUUUAGCUAAUAUUAUGUCAUUUGUAAAAAAAAAAAAAAAAACCUUCAAAAUACCUCACCUCAAUGCCAUAAUAUCAUUUGAUAAAAUAUACAAAACCUUUUAAAAGGGCAUGUCCUUAUCACCAAACCUUUUUUCCCCAUUUGUUUAGAAAAAUCCAACAAAAUUUUUGUAGAACAAAUAUUUCAGAUAAAAAUUAGUAAAACAUAUUUAUUUAUUAUUAAAAAAAAGAAAUGGCGGGAAAUUUUGUAUAGAAUAAGGGCGGCAUCGAUGAUCUUGCUAAUCAUUUCCCGGAACGGUCUUCCAUGGAUUCCGAUUCAGAUUCCGACGGUUCUCACGUCUCCACCACUCCCCCAAGAGUCUUCAAGCCUUCACCCCUGGCUCCGAAACCGGCACCGCCCCCGGCCCCUCCUUCACGGCAUACCCUUUUCUCCACUAGCAAAUCCAGAAUCAAGGUAAAAGCCGCCUCAUCUUCUUCACACUCCAAAUCCGCUCCAAAACUCAAAAGUUCUUCUCAGAAGAAAUCUAAGGCACCUGAUCCGACCUCCGCCGAACCCGACCAGACACCGCCCGACGACCCAUUUCCCAUUCUCUCCCCAAUUUUACCUUUCCAAAUUCGUAACCGGGUUUCCGAUCAGAACCCGAUUUCUCUUGAGACCCUUCCAGCUGGGUUCUUCUCCAAGUCUGCAUCUUUCUCAAAAUUUCGACGUUCUAGUAUUAGUUUUGAUCCUAUUAAAGAUGACCCAUGUCCUCCUUUGGCGUCAGAUUUGCAACACAAGGUUCAGGUUGGUGGGUCUGAUUGUUCAGAGACUGAUUGGGUACUGCCAGAGCUCAAAGAUGAAGCAUCUGUUGGCUAUGGGAACUCAGUGAAAGUUGGAAAGAGACAUUCCAAUUUGAUUGGAAGCAAUGUACCUAUGCCGCAGGUGAAACUGCGAAAAUGUGGCAACGAAGGGAAUUUUGUGAAGUUGAAUUUGAAGCGAAAUAAGAAGUUUUUGAACAAGGGGAAAAGAGGGAAUAGUACUUCAUCAGGUGGCCGAAGAUUUUUCAAAAAAUAUAAGAAAAAGUUAAAACCAGUAGGUGGGGGUGAGACGGAGGAGGGUGUUUGUGAGGAACUUGGUUCAGUUAUGGAAAGCUUAACGAAAAAAAAGGAGAAGCAGGAGGGAAAAAAAGCUAAAUUUGAUUGUAUAUCGAUUGAGGAAGCGAUUUUGGCUGCUCGAAAUGAGGCUUCGGAAGAGAACUUGGUGAAGUUGUUGAGCCUAACUCAUGGUUAUGAUUCCUUCAGGGAAGGGCAAUUGGAAGCAAUAAAGAUGGUGCUAGAUGGGAAAUCAUCGAUGCUUGUUUUGCCAACUGGUGCUGGUAAAUCCCUGUGUUACCAGUUACCUGCAAUGAUUUUACCUGGGAUAACUUUGGUUGUUAGUCCAUUAGUUGCAUUGAUGAUUGAUCAGCUAAGACAGCUGCCUCCUAUGAUCCAGGGUGGUCUUUUUUGUAGCAGUCAGACACCUGAAGAAGUUUCUGAGACAAAGAUGUUGCUGCAACAAGGUGCCAUAAAGGUUCUUUUUGUUUCUCCAGAAAGAUUCUUGAAUGCUGAAUUCUUGUCAAUAUUCUCUUCUACUGUACUUGUAUCGCUUGUUGUGGUGGAUGAAGCUCACUGUAUAUCCGAAUGGUCUCACAAUUUCCGACCAUCAUACAUGAGGCUCAGAGCAUCAUUGCUUAAAGAGAAGCUAAAUGUUAACUGCAUUCUGGCAAUGACAGCUACCGCAACAACCACAACUUUGCAUGCUGUUAUGUCUGCUCUUGAGAUUCCUCCAACUAGUCUCGUCCAAAAGGCCCAUUUAAGGGAUAAUUUACAUUUGUCUGUAUCAUUAAGUAAAGAUAAAAUGAAAGACCUGCUGGCAUUGAUCAAGUCUUCUCCAUUCAAGGAAGUCAAGAGCAUCAUUGUAUACUGCAAAUUUCAGUUUGAAACUGACAUACUAAGCAGAUAUUUACGCGAUUACAACAUCUCUGCAAAGAGUUACCACAGCGGUAUACCUGCAAAAGAUCGUAGCCGUAUACAGGAAUUAUUUUGUACAAACAAGAUCAGAGUAGUUGUGGCAACUGUGGCAUUUGGCAUGGGGCUCAACAAGACGGAUGUUGGAGCUGUCAUUCACUACAGCUUACCAGAAAGUUUGGAGGCAUAUGUUCAGGAGAUUGGGCGAGCAGGACGAGAUGGUCGAUCUUCGUAUUGUCAUCUUUUUUUGGAUGAUGACACGUAUUUCAAGCUUCGUAGUCUUAUGUUCAGUGAAGGAGUUGAUCAAUAUGCAGUAGACAAAUUCCUUUCUCAAGUUUUCACCGAUGACAAUAAAUCAGAAGGGAAGAUUUUCUCAUUAGUAAAAGAAUCUGCUUCUUGCAAACUUGAUAUGAAAGAAGAGGUGAUGUUCACACUUCUGACACAAUUGGAAUUGGGUGAAGUGCAAUACUUGCGUUUGCUACCGCAGAUAAAUGUAACUUGUAGCUUGAGUUUUCAUAAGACACCUCCUGAUGUUCUUGCUGAAAGGGAUAUUGUUGUUGCUGAAAUUCUGAAAAAAUCUGAAAUGAAGCAAGGAAAGUAUGUGUUUCAUAUACCAACUUUAGCAAAUAGCAUCGGAGUUAUGACAACUGAUCUGACAACUCAGCUACAGAAUCUGAAGUUCAAAGGGGAAGUAACAUAUGAGCUAAAGGACCAAGCCUUCUGCUAUACAAUUGUUAAAGUUCCUACGGAUCUUUGCUCACUGUCAGCAGUUCUUACAAAAUGGUUAUCAGAGGUUGAAAGUUGUAAGGUGUGGAAGUUUGAUGCAAUGCAUGAUGCUGUGGUAUUUGCUGUUAAUUCAUGUGAGAAGUUGCAUGGUUGUUGUGGUGCCGAUCACACACCAUGCUUGCAAAAGAAAAUAUUGGAUUAUUUUAACGAAAGUGAUAAUAAUGAUCAUCCUAAUAAGAUGGGUCAAAGCAGCCCAUUUUUGCGAGCAGAUAUAAAAGUAUUUCUGCAGGGUAACUCACAAGUAAAAUUUACUCCCAGAUCUAUUGCAAGGAUAAUGCAUGGCAUUGCCAGUCCAUUAUAUCCGUCUACAAUGUGGUCAAAAACUCACUUCUGGGGAAGGUAUACACAAACAGACUUUCAUGUUGUAAUGGAAGCAGCAAGAGCAGAACUAAUUAACUUGUCAGCAAAGACGCAACCCACCUUAUAAGAAUCAAACACACUGUUUCAUAAAGUUCACUUGAAGAUUAGGAACAUGAGAUUUGACAUAUUUUGAUCAGCAGCAUAUAAAAGUAGUACAGAUUACAAGUUGUGGGUUUCCUGAUGUAGUAGCACCCAAAUGAAGGCUAACCAAACCUGUUAUCGCCUAGGGGCUUGCCUGCAAACAAUUUAGCUGUACAAGAUGAAGAGAAAGUGGAUUCAAAUGUAUAAGAAAUAAUUCAUAUAAUAACAAAAAGAAUUAUCACAUUAAUAUAUAUUUUUUCCUUUUAA